ACAACAUAAGUCACGGAAAACCAAAUCAUGUCAAAAUAAGGAAUCCACAAACAGUUUGGGAAUUAAGAGUGAAUGAUGCGUCGGGCCCGUGCAGGCGUGCUACCCUGGACAGAGGUUUAGACAGAAUAGGGGACAACAGUGGAAAAGUUGUGUUUGUGAACAGGUUGGGAAAGUUUUAGCCAAAAAAAAAAAAAAAAACUUUUCCUCCCUGCACGGAUGCACGGAUGCGGUCUCGGGAAUCGACAACAUAGAAAGACAUGAACAAUGGCAGGAAGAGAGAGGAAGAAUACGGCUGUGUAUCGCAGCGUCUCUUUCAAAAAGUUGGGGUCCUGGAGCGCCAACAGUAGUGAGGACCAGCAACACAAAUCAGAGGAUUUGGAGGCAGCUGGCGUCGCCCUUCCCCCGGAGCCCAGCAAUGCAGAACAGCCCUUGGCGACGACUAAUGUCAGUGUGUCAAGAAAAGUUUCCAAAAUCUCUGCCACCACCACCGCCGGCCUCCCAACCGCAGAUCCAAAGAGAGGCUCCUCCACUCCUCACUCCUCUAUUUCUCCAUCCAUUCGCCAGCUCACUGAGAAGUUCAGCAGCAACAGCGGCGGCGGUGGCGGCUCCGCCAGGACGCGCAGAGCCUCACCGGGAGACGGUGCAGCAGUGACGCGGGGACGCAGCACUCUUCCCCGGGCCAGAGGCUCCAGGAGAGACGGGUCUCUGUCUCGUAAAUCUUUUCACGAGGACAGCAGUGGUGGAUAUUUCCAGGAUAGUGAUACUACUACUGCGGACUCCCUCACAGACAACAAAGUGCAAAAGUUACACUCUGGCACUGACUCUUUGUCAGGCUCGGACUCAGAGAGGAGAAGUGAGAAGCGGAUUUUUACACGUUUAUCAACCGACAGCAGCAGCAGCUCCGGUAAGAGAGAUUAUUCACAGAUCAAUGCAUGUUCCUCUGAUGCCAGAAAGACUUUGACCACAGAUGAGGAAGAGGAUGUUGCUAGUAGAGGGGUUCCUCCACCCUGUAAAUCUCACAGAAGUUAUCUCUCUACACACCACAGUGACUUUAUUCCCCUGCACUCUGACAAGUGGCCCAGUGUCACCAAAAUUAGACAACUUUUUGAUGAGCGACAAGGCAAAGCUACAGAACAGCAGAAGACUGACACUUAUGAGAAUAUAAAAGCAGCAGGCAGAGGUCAACUACAGGAGCUCAGCCCCAGUGAGAGUGCUCCGCUCUCGGAUAGAAGUGACAAGCUCUUACCUUGCAGCUCUGCUAAUGAUGCCAGUGGCUUGUCUUUGCAUAACAAAUGCAUAGUUGGAGCACAAAGCAGAGAAAGUAGUGCUUCUAAAGAGACAUUUUGUUUUGGUAUGGACUUUAAUUCCAAAGACUACCACAGGCACUGCUCAAAUGAUGAAGAGGCAGACAUAGAGACACAAAGUUCUAAUUACAACAAAGUCUCAGGCAGAAAUACUUUACAAAGCAGCAGUAGUAGCAGUCGUAGUUGCACAGGGGGUAGUCAGUACCAUAGGAUUAACCCAUCUCCAUUCAGAUCUCAUAGUCCCAGCACUGAGGCAGAGGCAGCCCGUAAGACCCCUGGGACGCCAGGGUUGACAUCUGACCCCAACCCUGACCUUCAACCCCCUGCUACUUCGUCUUGGAGUCGAUCGUUGAGCUUAGACACCUCCUCCUGCUCCUCCUCUCUUCAGCAGCCGACAGUGAGGGAGAGAAGGGAUAGACAGGGGGUCGGGCUGCCCAGGGAUAGUUUACAUUCCUCACAUAGCUCCUCUAGAGAGCCAGCCCCCACCUCCUCCUCCCCUUCCUCUGCUCCAGCUCCAGAUAAAGCCAUUACCUCCUCCUCCUCUACUGUAGCUCCCUCCUCUGAGCAAAGAGCCCCAGCAAGAGUUGCCUCUCCCCUCAGCUCCCGCUGGAGGUUUAGUUCUGGAGACGAAGAGGAGGAGCACACCAGGAGAAGAAGAGGAGGCGGAGGAGGCGGUUGGAGUGUUCCCUCUGGCCCUGCUCCUUCCCUCUCCUACAGAGGAGGAGAAAGGGGUGCCACAGAGCGAGGAGGCAGCUAUUUAACCCGUAGUAAAAAUGGCUGGUGGGGUGCUAAGGGCAUUGGCAGGUCUUCAGGCAGUGAGGAGGACAGUCCUGGUUCUUUAGGCCCCCACAGUCGAGAGGCAGUGCGCCGCCGCUCACUAAGAAAGAAGAAGAAGGUCAGUGGAGCUGCUCUAGCAACAGGCCGUGAUGAUUACGAUGAUCAUGACGGCGAAUCAGAAGACAGCGACAGUGACAUGGCCUUGACAAUGGAGCACUUAGAGAGGCAUCACCAGCAAAACACAGGAGGAGAAUUCGCAGGAACAGUAUCUCGGAGCCACUCAGCAAGAGAGCCCAGCGGUCAUAGUAACAGAGCCAGGGUGCAGCAAUGGGAGCGCAUUUCCUCACCUGGGACGUCCACAACACUUCCUGGAGUAUCACGAGUGUCAAAAGUUAAUAUCCCCCCAUUUGUGUCCAGUCCUGGGGGUUCACGUUGCAGCAGCCGGUACUCCAGCACUGAGACGCUGAAGGAGGAGGGCCAGGCUAGCUGCGCCAACCGCGCAGCAAAUCCGAUUUUUAACACGGGUGAAGCAGGAGGCAGCAGUAGCAGAACUGCAUCCUCGUCCAUGCUGAGUAAAACUUACCAUGGAAAUUUUACCAUGUACCGCUCCCCAAGCUUUGGCCAUGGGGAUAACUUCUCCCGUAACCCUGUGCGGGUGCGCCCAAAGAUUGUACCCAUAGUGACUCCCUCACCUAGUGUACUUGCUAGACAAGGUGGGAUAUCUACAGGAGGGGUUAGGGGUGGUGAGAACAAGGUAUUAAAGAGGACAAAAAGUGGGGAAGGCGUAGAUGAUGAUGAUGAUAAAAACCGAAUAUCCAUGUCCAACCCUGAUAUCACCUCAGAAACUAUGACACUCUUAAGCUUUCUGAAAUCUGACCUGUCAGAGCUCAAGGUGCGGAAAACAAGUGGAGGGGACAGAUCUGGGGGUGUGGAGGGAUCAUCAGUUUACAGGAUGGGGUCACGGACUCAUGGCGGGACCCUCCUGCCUUCUGGUCGUCGCCCGUCACUGAAAGACCUGACGGCCACUCUGCGGCGCGCAAAAUCCUUCACCUAUUCAGACAAACCCACAACAGGUGUUAGGUGUUACUUGGCAGGUGCCACCUCGAAGAGGAGCUCCUCUGAGCAGCAGCUUGACUUGGAGGGAGAGAAAGAUGGAGGGAGGGUGUCGGUGUCAGACAGGGAAGUAGAAAGUGAUGGGGGGGAUUUUAGGGUUGGGAGAGGACAAAGAAUGAGGGAUUAUGGAUUUGAUGAUGAUGAUGGGGAAGUGAUGCCAACUCCACUGCAGGAGAGGUAUGUGCAGGAAGCCAGGCAGGUAAUCCGAGAUAUCUGCCAGAUGAGUACUAGGGAAGAAGAAGAUGAUGAUGAUGAUGUAGAUGUAAGGAGAACUGAUGAUGAUUUGGAGGAUCAUUGUUUCCAGGUCAAGAAAACAAAUGAGGCAAAGGAUAAAGCAAGAGUGAGCAUUAAGGAUGAGGCUAGGACAGAUCAAGAGGCUGAGUUUAAGAACACAAAAGACAGGGAUAAACAUGAGAGGGAGAGAGAGAACAGGGAGAGGGAGAGGAGUGAGAGGGAUGGACAAAGUAUGCAGUUGGAGAAGCUAAACACCAGGGGCACAGAGUACAGGGAGAAGGCGAAGAGACAGAGCAGAGAGACGGAGAGAGCCUUGCUGAAGGGCGACUCGGAGGAAAGCAUGUUCUACGACCGCUCUGUGGAUGAACUUUCAGGCCAUGAGUCGAGUUUAACAGAUGAAGGGAUCGUGACAGAGCCAGAGACGGGCCCCAGUGACCCCUCCGAGAGGUCGUUCAUGGGGUCAGCAGGGGUUAAUUUGGGGUCUCGAAUACCUAGGGACGUGCUUGGGCAGCCUGUCACCGCAUGGAAGCAGUCGGCUCUCCAUGAGAUGGAAGGGUUUAAGCAGGAGAGGGAAGACAUGACAGAGAACAGUGUGAGUUGCACAAACCGUCUGAAUGAAGUCAGCGUACCUCCCUCCUUGCCUCUCUCUGCCCGUAUGGCUGAGGGUGACAGCAUUAUCAUGGACAUGAGCACUACCGCUGGAAUCAACAAUGUCAGCUCUACAGGUGAGGAGAUCAACACCAACAGUGCGGUGUUGCAGGGGUCAGCAGCCACCGGAGGAGGAGGAGGAGGAGGACUUGAAGGUCCUGCGACACCAAGUGCUAUUCGUCGAAGGCGCAAAUUCUCCCCCUCUGGUAAUAACAACACAGGCUCUGAUUCCAGUAAUGGCAGUAAUGCAGAAUCAACAAUAGCAGCUGUUGGAAAUGGGGAGUCCACAGUCUACCGCUCUCUCAGUGACCCCAUGCCUCAACGAUGCUGUUCUGUGGCAGAAGAAGGGAAUAAUAAAUUUUCCUCUGUAGACAGCAACCUGUUAGGAUCCCUAUCUGUGAAAGGAGGAGGAGGAGGGGCUUCAGAUGCCUCUGCUGUGGCCAACUUGUCAGAGUACAAAGGCAGUGUGGCCAGUGAUUUGUCAGUUUACAGUGAUGGCGGGCUCCGCGAUGAUGCUGUCCGUGACUACAGUGGCGUGAUUAGGAGCAUUGUAGCUGAGCCGGGUGCAAUGGACAGACUGAUGACAGAUGAUCAUGGCAAUGGCAAAGCUCCCAAGAAGAAGUCAUUCAGUGACCCCAGUCGCCGUAGUGAUGCCCCUUUGCUUUCCCAGAUUGACCCUCAGUUUAAAGGUCAGUCCAGCAGCACUCAGCCAAUCAGCGAGCUGGAUCAGCCUAGCCAGAUCCCACCUUCCAGCAGUGAGCCAAUCCUGAGCGAGCAGAGAGAGGAACUGUGGCAGCCAGAGGCAAGGCCUAAACACGCAUUGCCAACAGAGUCGCAUCACCAUGCAAACAGCAGUAAUAAAGUCAAGAAGGUUCGAUCCCAGUCAGAGUGCACCCCCCUCUCUGAUAACCAUGAUGAUGAUGAUAAUGAUGUCAUAGACGAAGGUGGAGAGGACAAAGAAGAAGAGAUGAGAAAGUUCAACUUUGACCUCAAACUCGCUGAGGUUCUUUCCCCAAGAAUGAUUCGUCGGCCCUCCAGAAAGCGUCCAAACAGGCUGGCUCACUUUUUCCCUCAUGAGGACCCGUUUGAGCCCCCAGAACGGUGUUCAGAGGGGCAGGAGGAUGACAGUGACAUCACCCCUCCUCUUCCCCCUCCCACACUGCAAUCCAAACCCAAAACCAGAUCCAAGCAUGUCCGCCAUGCCAGCGAACCCGCCACCUUUAUCCCCAUUUCCCCACCUCCACAACUCCAGCCACUGAAGGAAGUGGACUGCCUCGCUGUCAGAGCCACUGCAAAGCCUCAAACCUUAAGUAAGCCUCCAGGAGACGAGGCCCCGUCUCUGGAGGAUGUGACCCAGAAAUAUAUUCUUGAACUGAGCAGCUCUGAGAGAGACACUGAGGGCCCAGGGCCUCUUCCAGCACCCAGAGAUGGAGCUGGAGGUUCAGGGUCGGCUUCAGAGGGGCCCGGCGAGACCACCACCAGUGGAAUUACAGAAGCAGGAACACAGAAGAAGGGAACAGAGGACACUCCAUCCACGCCUAUCCCACAGAGGACCAAGCCCAGAGUGGACAUGAGGAAACAUGUGAUGAUGACCCUCUUGGACACAGAGCAGUCAUAUGUGGAGUCACUCCGCACUCUUAUUCAGGGCUACAUGCGUCCUCUCAAACAUCCGGACGGUGGCUCUAUAGUAGACCCUCUGCUGGUGGACGAGAUGUUUUUCCAGAUCCCAGAGAUCCUGGAGCACCACGAGGACUUCCUGGAGCAGGUCGCCGGCUGUGUCGGCCAAUGGCAUGACAGACAAACCGUUGGACACCUCCUCAUCCAAUCAUUUUCCAAAGAUACCCUAGCUAAUAUGUAUUCAGCAUACAUAGACAACUUUCUCAACGCCAAAGAUGCUGUAAGGAUUGCCAAGGAGGCCAAGCCAGCGUUUCACAAGUUCCUGGAGCAAAACAUGCGUGAGAACAAGGAGAAGCAGGCUCUGGGUGAUCUGAUGAUUAAGCCAGUGCAAAGGAUUCCUCGAUAUGAGCUGCUGGUUAAGGACCUGCUCAAGCACACCCCAGAGGAUCACCCAGACCACGCGUUCCUACUGGACGCCCAGAGGGACAUCAAGCGCUUGGCUGAGAAGAUUAACAAGGGACGUCGCUCCGCUGAGGAGGCAGAGAGGGAGACCAGGGUCAUUCAGGAGAUUGAGGCGCACAUAGAGGGAGUCGAACAUAUUCUGAAUCCCCAAAGGAAGUUCUUGAGACAGGAAAUGGUCAUGGAGGCGAAGACAGUGGGUGGGAAGAAGGACCGUUCUCUCUUCCUCUUCAGUGAUCUGAUCAUCUGCACCACUCUCAAGAGGAAGUCUGGCUCAUUAAGACGCAGCUCCAUGAGCUUAUACUCUGCUGCGAGUGUCAUUGAUACUUCCAGUAAAUACAAGUUCCUUUGGAAACUUCCUCUAGAAGACGUAGAGGUGGUGAAAAGCUCCACCCAGGCAACAAACAAGGAGAGCAUUCAGAAGAUGAUUAGUCGACUAGAUGAGGAUCUCAGCACGCUGGGUCAGAUCAGCAAGCUGUCUGAGACCCUCAGCUUCCCACACCAGUCCCUAGACGAGGUGAUAAAGGAUCUGAUGGCGUCAGUUCACAGGGAGCUGUCAGAGAAACAGUCUUUGGCCUUCAGUAUGACCUUCCUGCCCACAAAGCUGGAGUUCACCACAGCCUCCGCUGAGAGCACCUUUGUCUUUGAGUUUACCUCACCUGACGCUCGCUCCAACUUCGAACAGGCGUUUGAGGAAGCAAAGAAGAAACUAGCAAUGAAUAAAGACCAGUGGGACCCAGAGUUUCUGAAGGCAAUUCCUAUAAUGAAGACACGUAGUGGAAUGCAGUUUUCAUGUGCCUCUCCCAGCCACAGCUGUCCCGACAGCGGCUGUGAAGUGUGGGUGUGUAACAGUGAUGGAUACGUGGGACAGGUGUGUCUGCUGAAUAUCAAAGAUGAGCCCACAGUAGAGGCCUGUAUCGCUGUCUGCUCAGCGAGGAUCAUCUGCAUUGCUGCCGUACCAGGACUCAAGGGAAGGGAGCGCGGAUCAGAGCCCAACCCCGCCCCUACCUCCAGACCACCUGGUCAGCAGCUCCAUAUAUCUAUCUCUCAUUCAUCUCUUGAGCUGACAGAGCGGCCUACAGGACCAGGGGCGGAGCUUGUACCGUUUGACAGCGAUGACACAGAUGACGAGGAUUCACCCAGUCCUUCUUCCACUCUACAGAGUCAGGCCAGUCACUCCACCAUCUCAUCCAGCUAUGGCAAUGAUGAGGGUCCAGGCUCCAAGGACAUGGCCACAGAGACCACCAGCAGUGAGGAGGAACAGGAGUUCCCAGUGGCGAGCUCUUAUGGAGCUCCUGGGAUGUUAGGGGUCGGUGGAGGAAGUCGAGCCCAGACAGAGAGCCCCAUGGACGGCCGCGCCAUGCGUCGUUCCUCCCGGGGCUCUUUCACCAGGGCGAGUCUGGAGGACCUGCUCAGCAUUGACCCCGAGGCCUACCAGAGCUCAGUGUGGCUGGGCACAGAGGAUGGAUGCAUCCAUGUGUACCAGUCCUCGGACAACAUCCGCAACCGUAAAAACAGCAUGAAGAUGCAACACUCAGCGUCCAUCCUCUGUAUACUGUAUUUGGACAACAAAGUGUUUGUGUCCUUGGCCAAUGGAGAGGUGAUUGUCUAUCAGAGAGAAGCAGGUAGUUUCUGGGAUCCUCAGUCCUCUCAGACGUUAGUUUUGGGCAUGCCCACUAGUCCUGUUACCAAAAUGGUUCCUGUGGGAGGGAAGCUUUGGUGUGGCUCACAGAACAGAGUCCUUAUUAUCAACACAGCUACACUGGUACAAGAGCACUGCUUCCAGGUGGGCACUGACAGCAGUCGAUGUGUGACGUGUAUGGUGGCCUACGGUCAGGGUGUGUGGCUGGCGUUGCAGGGCAGUGCACAGGUCAAACUGUACCACGCUCAGACCUGGGAGAGCCUGACAGAGGUGGACGUGGCGCCUGCAGUGCACAAGAUGCUCGCAGGUGCCGAUGCGAUCAUCAGGCAGCACAAAGCCGCCUGUCUGAGAAUCACAGCGUUGCUGGCCUGUAAGGAUCUGCUGUGGAUUGGCACAAGUGCAGGGGUGGUUCUUACAUUGGCAAUCCCAGCGGUGAGCUCAGGAACUGGGGCUGGAACACUGAAAUCUCCCCUCAUGCCGAUGGGCUCGGCUCACGGACACACGGGCCAUGUUCGGUUCCUGACAUCAAUCGAACUACCAGAAGGAUUUGACAUGAACUUCCCUCCUCCAACAACUGACUCCACAGGCAACCAGAGUGGCAGCACAGUUGAUGGGAACCUCCAAAGGCGUGACUCUGCGCGUCGCAGGGCCUCCGCCCACAUCCCUCCAAAAACAAAUCAUCUAGUAAUAUCUGGCGGUGAUGGCUAUGAGGAUUUCAGACUGACCAAUAGCAGUGAAACAGUCGGACGGGACGACAGUACCAACCAUCUUUUGCUUUGGAGGGUCUGAGACAAUUGAUCCCAGUUUUUAACAACCAACCCCCACCUCCCUCUAGCUGAGAACUGCUCACAAGUUCCUGUCCUUUUCCCUCAGCGGACUUCUCACUUUUUGGUGUUGUUGUUUUGGUCUUCUGCUCAGUCCGACAGUCUCUAUGUGCAUAAUAUGGCUGUCAACUCCCUCCUGAACUUACAAAUGAAUAUGAUCACUUCAAACCCAGUUUUCUUGUGUUAAUGUUUCUGAUGGUGUGCGUUGUUCCUCACUGAGUGGCGUCUGUGCGUGCGUAUUUCGUUUUUCGGCAUCUGCAAGUAUCGUCUAGAAACGCGCUUUUACACUCAAGUCUUGACUGACAGAAACAGAAUUCAGAGAAGAGAAGAAUGAAAUAAUGACGUUUCCAAACUUUCACAGGUGGUCACAUGUUCGGACUGAGAACAAGUGAAGGAAGGAGACAGACGAGGACUUGGACUCUCCAGAAUAUCAUUGCACGGGAGGACAUUUAAGUGAACUUCAACAUGAGUGAAGCAUGUAAUUGUUCUUUGACAUUUUUCUUUGGGUUGUUUUGGACUUGGACAUCAGCUCUUUACUCCAUCAUCACGUCAUCUUAACCUGAACUUCAGACAAAAAGCCUUCUGAAGAUCAGAGGAAGAUGUCAUGACAAAAUAUAUGAAUAUCUAUGAAUGAAACAUACCAACACAGACUGUACUUUGAUGGGUAUUCUGAGUUAGUGUUUAUUAGAGUUCAAGCUUAGCACAGUGGCUCAGUCUUUCACGUCUGUGAGCCUCUAAAGGAGUAAAGGACGACAAAUUUUGCUCUUUAAACCCGACUGGCCAGGGCUAAACAACAACCCCUGAUGGCAGGCUUUCUGGCCCCAGUAGGGAUGUAAUAAUAUCUACUCCACGAUCAUUGCUUAUAAAUAUGAGACCACCUAAAUAAUCUUUUCUCCUGUAGAGGGGAGAGUGAGUGAGAGCAUCAUUUAAGUGCAAUAUAUGGCAAGGGUAUCUAACAAGACUAUAAUCACAUGCAUACAGUCACAUACAUUAAUGCACAACCUUCACUCGCUGAAUCAGAGGACAUUUGUGAAAAACAUAAAUGUGUGUUUUCCACAGAUAAUCACAUUGUAUCUUUUUUUUCUUAUUUAAUUUUUCAAUUUUGAAGCAGUGUCCCACUACUGGUAGAAAAAGGUGCAUUGGACACAUUCCUCCUAAACAUGACUAUGUGAAGCCUUGAAUGUGUUAAAGUUUUGACACUAAGGGAUCUGAAGAGAUUUCUUUUGCCAUGAAAUUUCAAUUUAUUGAGCAUUCUGUCAGGAGGGAAAUCAGGACUGGUUGUUGCUGAUUUCUAUAGCAGAAGUGACGCUAGGCUGUGGUAGCAGAUAAAGAUAGUUAUGUACAGUAUUUAUGGUUUUGAUUUUAGCGCCUUCUUUUACAGCACUUAAUUUAUAGAAGAUGCAGCUUUCACUUUUUCUUUUUUGUUUUGAAGAACAAGGAAGUCCUGGCUUGAUUACCAGAAAAGAUAAACCAGCAUAGUUUGGCCUCAGCGGACAUACAGUACAUGCACACUAGGGGUGUAACUAUAUAGUCCACUCAUGCUUUGAUGCACAAUACAGGGUUCUUGUUUUGGAGUGGUAUGACUCCAUAAACGUAGAGAGAGGGGAUCAGAAAAGUGAGGGUCUGAAGGAAAUAUUUUCAUCACUACAAAACAUACCAGACUGCAAAUCAUCCAGCUGUCAAAUCAAUUCCAAAAUUCACUUUCACAUUGUUUCUGAACUCAGCUGUUGGACUGACAGAGAACGCACUCACUCUAUUUCCUGUUUGCGUGCCAAAUGUUAAGAUCUGUUUAAUAUUUCAGUUGUUUUUCAGCUCAGUGGUGCGUAUUGUGGCAUUUUUGUUACAUGAAUUGUAGCAUGUUUUGUUACACCCCUAUGGACAGACGCACACAAACACAGAUUUCAGUAUUGAUUGUUGAGAGUGCAUAAGAAAGAGUAGGUCAGAAGGACAAACGCUGAGCACCAGCACGUGCCUUCAGAGGGCUAAAAGUUAAGCCAGUUACACACUAACACACUAACACACACACACACACACACACACACACACACACACACACACUCUCCUUCGACUCACAGCAGAUGCCUGUGGAAAAGAAGGAUGACUCUGACUUGUCCUUGCGUGCACACACACACACACACACACCCUAGCCUCGGGCUGUGGGGCUAAGCAGUGAUUGUCUUUGAUCCCUCCAAGCUUACAAAACCUCAUUGCACCUUAACCAGCCAUCUGGGCACUUCACCUCAGCUUUCCCACUUCCAAAUGCAUCCACAUAGGAUUAACUCUCCCACUGUGAGCAGAGCUAACAGUUAAGAGGAUUAGCUGGUCAUUGUGAUAGCUGCUAACUAUCUAGUGAGCUCUCUGCCUCUGAAAGUGUAAAAGUCGAACGACCUGUAUCUGUGGACACUCCAUAAGUGCUCUGUUAUAAGUAGUAUAAGGAAAAAGGAGCUUGUUUGUGAUUUUCUGCCCACAAUUGAGGCAAAAUUCCAGUUAGCCUGUGGUAGCAUGUGAAGAAUACAGCAGAGGAAAGUUUGAGAAAUUUAGCAAACUUUAAGGAACAGUUUGGGAAAUACACUCAUUUGGUUUCUUGUCUAGAGAUAACACAAUUGAUACCACUCAUGUUUGUUUGAUAAUUGUUUAGCUACAGCCAGGAUAUGGUUACCUUAACUCAAUACAACUACUGGAAAUGGGGAGAAAGCAAGGUGAAAACCACCUACCAACACCUUUAAAACUAAUUAAUUAUCAUAAAUCAUCAUAAAACCCAUAAUGUAAAAACAACACUGUAGUUUUAUGAGGGGUUGUACUGUUACUAUUUCCUGACAGACUCUAAUGACUUUCCUGGAGCGUUGUUUAAGCUAAUCUAACAGUCUCCUGGUGGUAGCUUUUUAUUUACCUUACAGACUUGAAAGUGGUAUCUUACCCUGCUCUUGUCAAGAAAACAAAUAUGAUUAUGACCCAAAAUGUCAAACUAUGUCUACGUAAUGUCAAGGUAGCAAAUGUAAGUGUUUUUAAUGUUCCGUAUGAUUCACAGCAAAGUUCAUGUUUGUGUUCUCAGUGCCAAGAGCUGCCAAGUUACCCAUGCUGUAUAUCUAUGCUGGGCGUAGAGCAAUGGAGAGCUCUCUGCAGAAUGGAGUUAGUAUAUUUUCUGUGAACAGUGAAACAUCUGUGUGUUAUUUCUGCUGGUACCAGCGCAUUUCUAAAAUGGAGUUGAGCAGCAAAAAAGGGUCAUAGCUCCAUGACCAGUCCUGGACCUGGGCUGAAAACUGUUUAGUGUGAUGGCUCUGUUCAUGUUUUUCUUAAAGUGUUGCCAUAGUUGGAGUCAAUAACUUUCAAUUCGGCUGAUUCAGAAAGUUCGAUUUUCUUUAAAAAUCUGCCUUAAGAAUAUACUUUACAUUUAUAUUUUGUACUUUACAUUUCCUCAGUAGUCACAUAAGUAAAAAUGACUGAAUAAUCAUAUUUUCAACAGUUGCAUUGUAGGUUUUGACCCCAUGUGUAUCAGCUUAGACUCUCUUCAUACAAGCAUGCACACACACACACGCAAACACACUGCGUAUUAGAUAUGAAGUAAAACUCAAUGCUAAUUUGACCAGGAUUGAGAGAAUGAAGCAUGUUGUGUGCCAAGAAAACAGAAGAUUCAUGCUCAAUUUUCACCAUCACGUCAAACUCAUCCUAUCAUCACUUCCAGCAACCUCCUCGUGCCCAUAUGUGAACAAAGUCUUUAUUGUUGUAAAUAUUGGUAUAAAUUGCCUUUUUUUCUGUAAAUAGUGCACCCACGGUCCUCAAUUGUUGAUAUGAAUCUAAUGGCAUAUUUUUAUAUAUUUGUGUAAGGUUUGUUUUUGUUUGUAUUUUUCCCCUCCCUCUGGCAUGCGUUGUCAGUCAUGUUUAAAUUAUAACUGUCAUAGAUCUUUCCAGAAGAAGACAAGAUGGCCUCUCUUGUGCUCAGGCUGACUGAAAGAUUGAGUUUUGUGAUGUUGACGUUUUCCCUGUUACAGACGUCAACAGGAAGAAAAACAACCACCUGAUCAUAACUCUGUUUAUCUCUGGCUUUGGUUGACAUCUUGCGGUUGUCAUGGUGACAGUCUAUCAAGUCUAUCAAGAGUUUCUUCCUGUAAGUAGCUGUUCUUGUUUUGUCACUGUGGGUUCCUCUUUGUAAUUAAAUCAGUUCACUGGU